CUGUCUUUAUAAGUCUGUGAGUAGAAGCCACAUUUUGUAAGCGGCAUUAUUUUUACUCGGGUGGUAUUGGAACAGUGAUCAACUGUAGAGAUUGCAUCAUUUGACUACAAACAAGUGUCACAGUACUUGAACCAGGCCUCUCAUCUAGACAUCGUUAUCUGCAAUGAAGAUCACAGCAGAGGAGAAGAUGCAGCAAGGCCUUCUUGAACCAUUUGAUCUGGAGUAGAGAUUUUUCUUUUAAGGAAGUUAAAGUUAUUCACUUUUGUUUUAGUGUUCCAAUUUCAUAAUAUUUAUUUAUUUAUUUUUGGUACUAGGUACUGGAUAUAGGAAUGUAUGAAUGUUAGAUAAACACUGUCACUGGACUAUAUCUCCAUCUUCCUUUUACUAGUUAGACUCAGUGUAUAAAUUACAAUUCAACACUAACCCAAAAGAUACACUAGUAUCCAUUGUGGCAUUUUCCCCUAUUUUUGUAUCUGAAAAACAGUAACUAGGCAAGAGCCACAGUCAUUCAUAAUGAAAUAUACCAAGUGCAAUUUUAUGAUGUCAGUUUUGGGCAUUAUAAUCUACGUAACUGAUUUAGUUGCGGACAUCGUCCUUUCUGUUAGGUACUUCCAUGAUGGACAAUAUGUUUUUGGUGUUUUAACCUUGAGCUUUGUGCUUUGUGGAACACUCAUAGUCCAUUGUUUUAGCUACUCAUGGUUGAAGGCUGACUUAGAGAAAGCAGGACAAGAAAAUGAACACUAUUUUCUUCUACUUCACUGCUUGCAAGGAGGAGUUUUCACAAGGUAUUGGUUUGCCUUGAGAAUGGGUUACCAUGUGGUUUUCAAACACAGCGACAGGAAGAGUAAUUUUAUGGAGGAGCGAACAGAUCCACACAAAGAAGCCAUUGACAUGGCCACCGACUUGAGCAUGCUCAGGCUGUUCGAGACCUACCUGGAAGGCUGCCCGCAACUCAUUCUCCAGCUCUUUGCCUUUCUGGAGCGUGGCCAGGCAAAUUUAAGUCAGUGUAUGGUCAUCUUCGUUUCCUGCUGUGCUAUUUCUUGGUCAACUGUCGACUAUCAAAUAGCUUUAAGAAGAUCAUUGCCCGAUAAAAAGCCCCUCGGAGGACUCUGGCCCAAAGUCAUGUAUCUCUUUUACAAGUUGUUUACCUUGUUAUCCUGGAUGUUGAGUGUCGUACUUCUGCUGUUCGUAGACGUGAGGCUUGCUUUGCUUCUGCUGCUAUUUCUCUGGAUCAUAGGCUUCAUAUGGGCAGUUAUAAACCAUACUCAGUUUUGCAAUUCUGUAAGUAUGGAGUUCUUAUAUAGGAUCGUGGUUGGAUUCAUCCUUGUGUUUACGUUUUUUAAUAUUAAGGGGCAGAAUACCAAAUGCCCAAUGUCUUGUUAUUACACCCUCAGGGCGCUAGGCACCCUAGGAAUCUUGACUGUCUUCUGGAUUUACCCCCUGUCUAUCUUUAACUCGGACUAUUUUAUCCCUAUUAGUGCCACCAUAGUUCUUGCUCUUCUCCUUGGGAUUAUUUUUCUUGGUGUUUAUUAUGGAACUUUUCACCCAAAUAGAAAUGUAGAAACACAAUGUGAUGAGACUGAUGGAAAAGCACCUCAGAGAGAUUGUAGAAUAAGAUAUUUUCUAAUGGACUAAGUUGUGAAUUCAUGAGAAAUGUUUUAUUUAUUUUUUUUGUUUCAUCGCCUAGUAAAGAAAAUGUCUGUCAUACGUAUGUGCUGUUACUUCAUCACCUCUGACUGAAAUGAGUUAUGGCACAUGGUGAAUGAGAGCAUAAUAAUAUUUUAUGGUUUAAAAUAAUUUCUCCUAUGUGUUGCUGAGGAUCAGGCCUGCGCAUGCUAUGUAAACAUUCCACCCCUGAGUUGCACCCCCAGCCAUCUUGCGGGUCCCAAAAGUCUUGAGUAUUGAGGUAGUUGCUUUCUGUCUGAUAGAGCUGCCAUGUUGUUCCUCAAGUAGAAGAAACAAUGUGGUCCCACGAGGUUCAUAGUGAGCUGCUCUGCAGCUUUGCCCUCAUUGUUCCUAGGACCACUGUACCUACUGUGAACAACCACAACCGCAAGAGAAGGGAAAGACUAGCGUCUUGCCCCGCCCUCCCAACUCUCUUCAGUCAACACAGGGCUUCUGAGUUGGAACCAGGGUGAUAAAGGGGUGGAGGAAUAGGAAAGCAAAUUCUUAGGGUUGGACCUACUGUGCUCUCUCUGUGAACUCCCCAAUUGAGAAACAGAAAGCAGAGUCUGAGAAGACUGAAAAUUCAUUGUUUACUGAUUGUACCAUGUUAUAGACACAUUUUAAUGAGUAUAUAGUAAUUAUACAUAACAAUGGAUGUCAUUAUGUCACACAGGAUGGAAUGUACUUCAGUCAUGUUCACCCUGCUUCCCCUCUUGCUCUACUCUUAGUCCUGCUGACCGUCUUUCCCAACUAGUUCCCCUCCUUUUACAUCUUAGUUUUUGAUUUUUACGACUUGAUGAGUUUACAGGAGCAUUGGCAAUUUAUGUCUUUCCCUUCUCAGCAACCAUUGACUGACUGUAAAUCCUUAGUGGGGGUGGGCCUCUCUGCGCUCUCUCCUCCCUCCAUAACAGUGCCAAUGGGCUCACUUUCCCAUACAUAGCUGUGAGUUCAAGAAUGCAACAGCUAUGUAACUCCUUAAAGUCAACAUUCUAGAUUACCCCCACCUGCACCUCUUACAUUCUUUCUGAUCCUUCUUUCAGGCUGGUCCCUGUGCCUUGGAGGGGUGACACCAAUGUCCCAUUAUAGCUGGGCACUCAUUCUCAGAACUUGACCAGUUAUCUGUCUCCACGGUCACCAGUGAGCACUGCACAAAGAAACUUCUCUGAGGAAAGCUGACUGCAGUGCCAAACUAUCAGGAUGGGGGUUUAGAAGGCGACUGAUGGGCACAUCAUAUCCAGUUAGCAAGGCAGCAGUUGUAGCUUCCUCGGGGCCUACGAUGUGCCCCAGCCACAGGCUUGUAACUGGGCUUACAAAACCAGCUGCAUAAUCCCUCUUGUGGAACAGGGAUCAGAGCUUCUUCAUAUAAUAUGUCUUAAUUAUUAUCUCUAACAAGUAGUUUUAACUCAGACUUUUUCGAUUAAUUUAUUUGGUCACUUUACAUCUCAGUCACAGUCCUCCCCUCCUCCCAUCACAAGCCCCUCCCCUUCCCCCUCUUUUCCU